UCGCUGCCUCCUCUCCCGUUCCUCCCGCAAAAAACGGAUCGGGGGCGCCGGCCUCCCUGCUCCUCCAGGCGCGCCGCAGAUCUCCUCCCCGCCAGCUCCGGCCAGGCCGCGGCGCCCCUCUCUGCGCGCAGCUCCGCCCUCGCGGCGGCGCCCCUCUCUGCGCGCAGCUCUACCCCCGGGCCGCGGCGCCCUCCCCACACAGCUCCGCCCAGGCAAGUCGACGACAACGGCGCCCCUUCCUCCAUGGAUUGCAGUUGGAGUUCUCUAAUUUCUAGGCUCGAUGCGGAGCCUGAGCUUAGGUUAGAUGCUGUAGCAUACCAUUGUGAUGUUGAGGAGCAUGUAAAGGAUGUAGACCAUGGAUCUGGUGAUGUUAGUUGCAAUGCAUUGACUAUAGAAUAUUAUGGAGGUGUUGAAUGGGAUAACCUGCAGAUUGUUGAGACAGUUGAUGAAGAGGGUGAGGGAAGGAUAGAAAUUAUUGAUGAGGAUAAUGUUUUUUCUCUUUUGGGUUUGACAACUGAGGAAGAAGAAAAUCGAUCUCAAGAACAGCAAGCUUCUGCAAAGGGGGGAGACGGUCAUGAAAAUAGGAACCAAACAUGUCAGGAGGAGAUGGACACAGUUGGGGCUGCCAUCCCUGUUGAGGAUGAUGUACCAGGGGAGAGAAUCUUAGUUUAUGACCCAAACAAGUCUUGCAUGGACAUUGGCACUGUGUACCCUAACAUGGAAGAAUUUAGGUUGGCUAUGAGGCAGUUUGCAAUCAAUGAGGAGUUCGAGCUGCACUUAGUGAAAAUAGAUAAGACACAAUACAUUGCGGACUGCAAUGUGGAAGAUUGCCCAUGGCAUAUUGUUGGAAGGAGGCAACCUGAUAAGUCAACUGUUAAGGUGACAUGUUUGGUUUCUCUGCUUAGAUUCAACUGCACUUAAUGGUAGGUGGAAUGGUCAUAUGGCUGCAGCUACUGCAAUAGAUGGUCAUAAUUGGAUAUACCCUCUAGCAUUUGGUUUCAUAGAUGGUGAGACAAUAGAUAACUGGACAUGGUUUUUGACUCAACUACACAAAGCCAUAGGAGACCAACCAGUGCUUGCUAUUUGCACCGAUGCUUGCAAAGGUUUAGAGAAAGCUGUCAGAGAAGUGUUCCCUCAAGCUGAGCAUAGAGAAUGCUUUAGGCAUCUAAUGCAGAAUUUUAUAAAAAGAUUUGGUGGAGACAUUUUUUCAAAAAUAUAUCCUGCAGCAAGAACCUAUAGGCCUGAAGUGUUCCAAUAUUUCUUCCAUCAAAUUGUGACAGCUUGCCCUGAUGUAUUGGAAUGGCUUCAGAACCACCACAAAUUGUUGUGGAUGAGAAGUGCUUUCAAUCCUGAAAUAAAGUGUGACUAUGUUACUAACAA